AAAUGACGACAAUACUACUUGUGCUCUGAUGAAAAGCAAUAAUAUUUAAUGUUCCUUUUAGAUGGAAGCAAGCGAGAGAAGCUGAUGAGUUUGUGAAGCCUCCUUGCCUAAGUAUUUUUACCGUAAGAACAAUGGAUUUUACCGCCAAACAUGGUGCGGUGCUGCUUGAGCAGCUGAGGAAGAUGAGGGAGACCGAGCACCUCACAGAUGUCGUGCUGGUUGCUGAAGGCGUCAGCUUUCCCUGUCACCGCCUCGUUCUGUCCGCCUUCAGCCCAUACUUCCGUGUUAUGUUUACAUGCGGCCUCCGUGAGUGCAAUAACCGAGAAGUAUUCCUGCGGAACACCCCUGCAGACAGCUUGGCUCUACUCUUGAACUAUAUGUACACCUCGGAACUUCCUCUGGACAACAGCAACGUGCAAGGCAUCUCUAUCACAGCUUUUCUAAUGCAAAUGGAUGAGGUAUUUUCUCGCUGCCAGCAACACAUGACUGAGAACAUGGAUGCCUCCAACUGCCUUGGUGUCUUUUACUUCGCCCGAGACCUCGGUGCAGAAGAACUGGCCGAUCAUGCGCAGCGCUUCCUGAGGCAGCACUUUUUCCAAGUGUGCCAGCAAGAAGAGGUGCUGGACCUGGAGGCCCAUCAGCUUGGGAAGUUGAUCAGCUCAGAUGAUCUAAAUGUUUCAAGAGAAGAAACCAUUUUAGAUGUGGUUAUUCGCUGGGUCAACUACAUCUCUCCGAUUGAAGGAGAAGUGCGUAGCAAGCAUCUUCCAGUGCUCCUCGGGAAAGUUCGCCUACCCUUGAUAAAUCCAGACUAUGUAAGAGAGAUGAUGAAGAGGAAUACAGCCUUGCUGGCUGACGCUGAAUGUCUGGAGAUGUUGAGUCAAGCCUUGGAGGACGUAGCAAUGCAUCCCUCAGCAGCACCACGCAAACUAAAAUUGCGUUUUGGGAUGGAGACCACAGAUUUGCUGCUCUGCAUUGGCAACGACGGCAGUGGGAUUAGAUCCAGAUACGGAAACUAUAGCGAGCGCAGCUUUUGUUUCGCCCCGUCAACAGGCCGAACCUACUACAUCACCUCACCUCAAUAUGGAGAGGCACUCGGGUAUGUAUGUGCCGGGGUUACAACCGAAGAAAACAACAUUAUAGUGUCAGGAGAGGCCGGGGCCCGAAGGAUGUCCCGUCAAAAAGAGAUGAAUAUUGAGCUCUACAGGUACAAAGUGGAGGCCCAAGGUAGUUGGGAGCAUCUCACAUCAGCAGAAUAUCGUGAUUCUUAUGGCUUAGGCUCCUUGGGUGACACCCUGUACCUGCUGGGUGGGCUGAUGAAGCUUAAGAACCAGUUUCUCAUCACUAACAGCGUGCAGCGAUGGUCAUUGCAGGGAGGACCUUGGCGGAGCGCAGCACCUCUACCAAUGCCACUGGCUUAUCAUAGUGUGGUCACGCUGAAGGAUCACCUUUAUGUGAUUGGUGGUAAAACCCCUCAGACAUACCGAAUGGAUGAUGAACCAGAGCGUCUCAGUAACCGCCUUCUUGAGUACAAUCCAAACAUAAACCAGUGGACAGAGCUGAGUCCAAUGAAGUACUCAAAAUACAGAUGUAGUGUUGUUGUGCUCAAUAGAGAGAUUUUUGUCAUAGGAGGUAUUGGUUGUGAGGGUGUGGACUGUGGGCAGUCCCGGCGCUGCCUUGAUGCUGUGGAGAUCUACAAUCCUGAUGAAGAUUUUUGGAGGGAAGGACCUCGUCUACCAUGCCCUCAACUAUCACUGCGCACUAAUGCAUCAAAUGCUGGUGUGGUGGGAGGAAAGAUUUACGUGUGUGGACACUACAAAGGAGCAGAUCGCCAUGAUGACAUAACAAAGGACAUUUUGGAAUUGGACCCCUGGGAGAACCGAUGGACGGUGGUUGCUCGGCACGCUUUGAUGCAUGACAAUUAUGACGUUUGCUUAGUGGCAAGUCUGAAUCCGAGAGGACUGAUAUCCGCACCUGCAGACCUAUUGCAGUAAAAAAAACGCAAGAAAAUGCUUGGAUUUUGACAAUGAAAUGACAUUGAUAAUGCACUUAGACUGUAGCAUCAAGGGAAAAGGGCAAUUUUUCUUAAGUAGCAUUAAGAAAGUGUAUGGAAAGAAACUGUACUUGGUAGGGAAAUACAGUGCAUCGAGAAAGUAUUCACAGCCCUUCACUUUUUCCACAUUUUGUUAUGUUACAACUAGGGCUGCAGCUAACGAUUAUUUUUCUAUCGAUUAAUCUAUAGAUUAUUUUUUCGAUUAAUCGGUUAAUCUAUAGAUUAUUUUUUCGAUUAAUCUAUAGAUUAUUUUUCCUUUUACCGAUUAUUUUUUUAAUUUAAAAUGAAGAGGAAAAAAUAAAUGUAGGCCAGUUUUUUCAAAAGGCAUGGCUUUUAUUUACAAAAAAAAAAGUAUGGCCACUCAGUCAACAUUGACAACAACAUGACAAAAUAUUCUGU